AUGGCCAGAACAAAAACCAUUUCAAAAUCUUCUGAUAAUGAGACCAAUCAAGUGGAACAAUCUCAACCUCCACAACCAAACGCCGCUGCUGAUCAAACCUCUGAUCAACAACUUUUGAGUGAAACCCCUGUACGCACCAUUCUUCAGGACGUAAUCAUUCCUGCUUCUGAAAAUCCCAAAUCUUCCAAAACCAGAUCCUCUAAGAAACCCAUCAUCAAACCCAGACCAAUACCUACCAGACGAUCAACAAGGAUGAAGAAACCUUUGAAGAAACCAAAGGUAUCUCACGUGAAUCUAGAUUCUGACGAAGAAAAAGAAGAUUCAAGUGAUGAUGAAGACUCUGAGGAUGAAACAGAGGAAGAUCCAGAAGAAGAGGAUGAAGACUCUGAACAAACUCUUUCUGACGCAAUGAAAUCAGUAAAAGCUUCCUCAAAAAGGGAUAAGGAACUUACAAAGAAAAUACUUCAAAGGAGGAAGGAGAUUGCUGCUGAAGCUAUGCCCUUAUCUGAGGAAAAGACCUCUGAAGAUGAAGAAGAAAGUGAAGAGGAAGAAUCUGAAGAAAAGGCUGAAAAAGAAGAAGAGAAAGGCUCUUCUAAGAAGCAUGGGAAAGGUAAAGAUAUUACCAAACUUGCUGCUACCUUAAAAGCUUCAAGGACAGAAAAGAUUGCUCUCAGACCAAUGAGUAGAACCAAGUACUUCAACCUUGAAAGCUUAGAGACAAAGGCAUGGAAUCUGAAGGAGUUUACAGAACCUCAAGGAUGGACAGAUUUUGUAACUCUCCAAGAGCAUACCUAUGAAAAUCUGGUCAGAGAAUUCUACACCAACUUGUCAGUUAAGGAGAAGAAGAAUGUGAAUGAAAAGUUUCUCAUUUCUUCUGUUAAAGGUGUAAAGAUUAAGGUAACUCAGGAAUUUCUCUCUGAAGCCUUGAAGAUUCCCAAUGAAGCAACAAAACAAACAUCUGCUGGAUUGCCAUAUGGAAUGCAUCUAACUUCCAUUUUCAAAAAGGCAAAUGUGCCUCUUGAAGAAGAAAAACGCAAGCUAGACUUCAUGACUUUUUCUUCCAAAACUCUAGGUCAACUCCACAUCACUACAUCCAACAUGCCAUCUUCCACAGCCUCUGGAACUUCUGGGUCUGUUAAGAGACUUUCCAACCAGAAUGUUCAGAAGACAAGGAAGAAAAGAAAGCUAGAGGAAAUCAGAAAUGAAUCUUCUGAGAAUGUAGGUGCCAGACCUCCCUCUCCAUCAGCUUUGGAGCUAUUCUCUCAAGUUUCCAAACUUGCUAAGGAGAUUGUUAAAGAAGGAAGCUCUCAGUUCAAAGUCCUGCUUGGAGAAGAUGAUGCUCAGAAGGACAAUGAUGCAUCUCUUCAAGAAGAAGCUGAGAAUGCUAAGCAGGCCACUGAAGUUCAUGAAAGUAUACCUCAAGAUGCUAAGGAAAACUCCCUUGAUCAGAAUCAGAGAGUUGAAGAAAAUACUGAGUUUGAUGCUCAGAUUGUUGAUGAUACAACUCAAGAGGUAGCUGAAUUACUAGCCUCAAACAUGAGUAUUGAUGAAGAAGAAGUUCAAGUUGAACACAUGGAUUUCUCAACUGGGAUUGAUCUAAAUGUUGAAGAUAUCAACACUGACUUCAACAAUGAAGUGUUUCAAGAUGGCCAAGAAACAGCUCAGUAUGUUCAGAAAACAACUGAAGCUCAGAAUGUUGAAGUUCCUCCAACUCAGAAUGUUGAAGUCUCUGAAGCUCAGAAUGUUGAAGAAGUUCAAGUUAUGGCUAAUCAAGAUGAUCAAGCAUUUGAUGAUCAGCAUGCUUCAAAUGAACCCCUUCAAAGUGGUCAGCUGUCAGCAGAUCCAGCGCCUCUGGCCUUAGGAUCUUUGCCCUCUGUGGAGGUACAGCUCAUGGCUCAAACUGGUCAGAAUGUUAAUCUUUCUUCAUCCACCAUGGGUUCUGUUGCUGAAGCAAGCAAUUUCUUGGUUUCUAAUCUUCCCACUCCAAACACCAUCCCCUCAUAUACUCCUCCACCACCACCAAUGAAAACCACCAACACAAGCAAGCUUCCAAACAUGUCUGCACUGUUUGACUCUCUGAAUACUUUUGUUACUGCAAACAGAGAGAAAGAUGAACCUUCUGGUGUUGCUCCUCCUGCCAAAACCUCAAGAGCUGAGAAGUUAGCCUCUAGGGCUCUCAGGGUUUCCACCAAAACACACAAAAUUGUGUGUGCUCUAGCUGACUGGACUGUCAAAGUUCAUGCUCCUGGUUUGGCCAUUUCACCUCCUGUUUUUGAUGACCCAUCCAUUUUUGAAGCAGAACCAUCUUCUGAUUCUGGAGACUCCACUCCAUGA